UUACAAAAAAAAAAAAAAAAUAGAUGAAUACAGAAGUCGGUUGCCGGACGACAAUCAUUAUUUUUUUUUUUUUUUGGGCUAAAUCCGACUAAACAGAAAUUAGUGGGUAAUCCACUACGUAGGUAUCGCCCGUACGAACAAUGAGCGUUUUAAUGUUCAUGAAUGUCGUCGACGAAGCAAGUUGGCCGUCAAACGAGGCGAUCGAAAGGUACAGAGAUCAGAACGCCGGAGACGGAAAGGCCGUGAAAGUUUUCGAUCACCUAACCACGGGACCGAAGUCGAUCGUGGACCUCGUGGACCGGGAAUUCCGGCUGUCGGAACGCCACGGCGUCCGGUCGGUGUUGACCGGUUACCGGGACGCGGCGUUGGCGAAACAGCUGUACCGGGAACGCGGGUUACCCGUGUACGUGGUGUUCUCGACCUUGGAAAUCCCGGACUUCAGCGACUGGUCGGACGACGGCAUCACCGUGUCCGGAUGGAACCGCGCCGCGGACGGCGACGACGACGAUGACCUGAACGUGAUCGGCCACAUGGUGCAUUUCGUCAACUACCUCAUGUCGGAUUACCGGCGGUACGUCCGCGGCCUGCGCGACAUACCCUCGGCGGCCGCGGCCGACGCGAGCUGCGGAGACGGCGUGUACGCGUCCACCAUGGACACUUUCGGCGGCGGUGUCCAAGCCGUCGAGCCCGUGCUGGACGCCAUCUUGGAACAGCUGUGCGGCGCCGCUUUCGUGGACGACACCGCGGCCGCGGUGGACGACAACAGCCGGUGGACGUUGGCGUCCGGCGUGGUCGAGCUGGGCGACAAGGCGGCUGAGGACGGAGCUCGGUUGGUGGUGUUCCGCAACGACUGUACUGCUACGGCCGCCAUCGAUUACUCCCAACGGACCACUCGAGUGGCCACGUCGUUCGCGUCCGCGUUUUGGCACGAUCACGCCGACGUAGCGAUGACGCACGCAGACCGCACACUGGCCGCGUGCUUGACCGAAAACCUCAGGGCCGUGGCCGAAGCAGAACUCGCCGAGCUAUCGUCCGAACAGUUUGCGAUGUGCCUGACCGCCAAGUUCAUCGCCACCAGACGUUGGCGACGGACGAUCGGCGAUUCGUCAGUGGCCCGCACCGUGUCCGCGGCUUCCACCGGUCCGUCGUCGUUCCGCCCGGAAAUCCGGCAACGAUGCGAGCGGUUUUUGGCCGUGGAGCACUUGAUGGAUCUGAUGGCCGCCGGCGAUGACGACGGCUCGUUCGUCCGGACUCACGUGGAACACUUGGAACCAUACGUCUUGCCCCAAAGGCUGGUAGACUACGCGUCGAGAUACUUGGACUACGAAGUCCGAUACUUCGCACUCGCCGACACGAUGGUGUUCAGAUUCACAGAUGGUGAACGAGGUCGGUUCGUCGAACAAAAUCACGUGCAUAGGUUUGCAGGGCCCAGAAAUUUCAAAGAGUUUCACGCCGAGGCGUUUCAGACGAUAGCAUUUAAGUGCGACGUUCCCGGUGCUGACCGUCCGUUAGGGGUGACCGAUCCGAACUCGUUCCGAUACAGAGAAUUCGGUUACGUUGAAGCGUCGGAUUUCGCGUUACACUACGUGUCGAUAACCGGCAAUGUCAAAGUUCGGGCGGAAGUGUACGAAUUGCGCGACGACGACGACAAAGGCGAUUCGGCGGUAGCGUGCGAACAGCGGUACCGGAUGAAAGUGGAAUGUGGCGAUUUUUGGGUGACCGUUCAUUACGUGGUGACGGCAAACGACAGCGAUGACGGUAAAACAGAGCUGACCACCGGUCUAACCGACGGUACCGUGAUCGCGAUAACCCGAUCGCCCGGUGGUGAUUUUGAAUUGACCCCGAGGACGGCCAAAGGUCCCGCAGGCGACCUCAGUGAACAACUGACGAGUGGCCAAACAUACGUGUGUUCAGACGGCUGGCCGAUAUUUGAUUUUUUCGACGACAUGGUUAUCGUGAAGGCUGCUGACGGCACUUGGACGUCCGCUAACUUCGGGGGAGCCGACGACUUCGUGUGUGCGACUGAGGUGUCGGACGGCGCUCGAGUUUGGAUGACGAUGGCUCGGCCCCCCGUAAACUUCUGUCACACUUCGAUGUCCGGAGAACCGGUGACCGACAAGUACUUAGUGUGCCGCAGAGACCUGUCCGGUUACGAGUUUGUCGAUGAUGACGAUUCACGGCAGACGGUCUGUCGAGUGCAUGAGAGUUCCGAUCAAGAAACGCCGGUGACGAUAGUGAGAACGCUGACUCGGAACCGGUUCGACCGCCGAAUGGCCAGAUUGAUGGAUAAGGCUCUUUCCGAUCACCUAGUAACCAUUAAAACAUUGGCCAUCAGGCUGAACGCCGGACUUCCGGACAACGAUAACAACGGUGACGACGAAAUAAACGAAUUAAUCGACUCCACGGAGUAAUAAUAAUAACAUAUAAUUAUUCAUGGUCACUCCAUUUCGUCAAAAACCUAAAAAUUAAGAUGUAUCCCAAAUAAAUAAUUAUUUUCAUUC